GGGGCGCCCGGGGGCCCUGCCCGCACCCAUGAGCAGGACCACCGGCCUCCAGCGCAGGACCACCUACCUCAUCUCGCUCACGCUGGUCAAGCUCGAGUCGGUGGGCGCCGCGGGGGAGGCGGAGGCGGCGGCGGCGGCGGUCGCGGGGGCGGCGAUGGAGGAGCCCCGGUGCCGUGGGGGCGGCAGCCGCCCCCGCACCCUCGAGCCCGGCCGAGCCCGGCGGCCCGAGCGGCUCUUCCAGCGGCAGGACGCGCUCCGGAUAAGUACGGCCGGUCCCGGCCCCCGCGCCCCCGGCCCCGACGCCCCCGGCCCCGCUCGCCCGCCUCGCCCCCGCCGUGCCCCCAAACCCGACCCGGCGCUGCUGCCGCCGCCCGGCGCUGCCCCCAAACCCGACCCGGCCCUGCUGCCCCCGCCGCCCCUCGGCGGUGCCCCCAAACCCGACCUGGCGCUGCUGCCCCUGCCGCCCCCGGCCGUGCCCCAACCGGACCCGGCGCUGCUGCCCCCUCCCCGGCCAUGGCCCUCAAACCCGACCCCGGGGGCCAAGGGCACCUUGAGGGGCAGGGGCGGGUCGGACCCCCUGACGCCCCCAGCCCGCCUCGACCCCCGCCGCCCGCUGCUGGGCCAGGCCAGCUGGGGGCCCUGAGGGUCCCCCGGAGGGGACAGAGCCCCCCUGCCCCCCGCGUCCUCCCCGCACCCCUCGGCCGGGGCCCGCCGCCUCCGCCUGGCCGGUCCCAAACCCCCCAAAGCGGUGAGCACCGGGGGGGCCCGCGGGACCCCCGACCCCCGGGGGAGCAAGACCCCCAAACCCGCCGGCAGCCGCCUCUCGUGGCCCGAGGGCGAGGGCAAGGGGCGCCCCAAGGCGGCGGCCAAGGCCGAGGGGCCCCCCCGGGCCCGGCUGUCCCCCCACAAGGGAAAGAGCAAGACCCUGGACUACAGCGACCUCCAGCCCGGGCGGGGGCUCUGAGCCCUGCGCCCUCCUGAGACGGGCUUGAAGCGGGGCCGCGAGGGGGGUCGCGCCUCCACCCGCGACCGAAAGAUGCUCAAGUUCAUCAGCGGGAUCUUCGCCAAGAGCCCCGCGGCGACCCCCACCCAUCCCGCGCCCCCUGGGCCCCUCCCUGCGCCGACCCGGCCAGGGCCGCCCCCAGUGAAGGCCCUGGUGAACAGCCAGGAGUGGACCCUGGGCCGCUCCAUCCCCGAGAUCCGCCUGGGGGUCCUGGGCAGCAGCAAGAGUGGGAAGUCAGCGCUCGUCCACCGCUUCCUCACCGGCUCCUACGUGGGCCUGGAGCCCACUGAGAGCGGGCAGUUCAAGCGCGAGGUGACGGUUGAUGGCCAGAGCCACCUCCUGCUCAUCCGGGAGGAGGCCGGAGCACCGGACGCGCAGUUUGCCAACUGGGUGGACGGCGUGAUCCUCGUCUUCAGCCUGGAGAGUGAGAGCAGCUUCGAGGAGGUUUCGCAGCUGCACGAGCUGCUCGGCGGCCUCCGCGGCGCCGGCGACGUGGCCCUGGCGCUGGUGGGCACGCAGGACAAGAUCAGCUCGUCCAGCCCGCGGGCGGUGGAGGACGCGCGGGCGCGGGCGCUCUGCGGGGACUCGCGGCGCUGCCUCUACUACGAGACCUGCGCCACGUACGGGCUCAACGUGGACCGCGUCUUCACCGAGGUGGCCCAGAAGGCCGUGGCGCUGAAGAAGCAGCAGCAGCUCGUGGCCUCCUGCAAGUCCCUGCCCAGCUCCUCGAGCCACUCGGCCGCCUCCACGCCCGUGGGGGGGGUCCACCCCAGCCAGGCCAGCAACGGCGGCCACACCAGCGACUACUCCUCCUCCCUGCCCUCCACGCCCAACGUGAGCCACCGGGAGCUGCGCAGCGAGACCCCCGCCGCCCUGGGCACCCCCAGCUCGCUGCACCGCGGGGCCAAGCGCCGCACCAGCCUCUUCGCCACUCGCCGUGGCAGCGACUCAGAGAAGCGCAGCCUGGACAGCCGUGGCGAGGUCACUGGCAGCGGCCGCGCCAUCCCCAUCAAACAGAGCUUCCUGCUCAAGCGCAGCGGCAACUCCCUGAACAAGGAGUGGAAGAAGAAGUACGUGACCCUGUCCAGCAACGGGCUCCUCUUCUACCACCCCAGCAUCAACGACUACAUCCACAGCACGCACGGCAAGGAGAUGGAUCUGCUCCGCACCACGGUCAAGGUGCCCGGCAAGCGCCCGCCCAGGGCCAUCUCCGCCUGCGGCCCCUCCGCCAGCAUCAACGGGCUGGUGCGGGACCCCGAGCCGGGGGGCGGUGUCCCCUCCGUGGGGCUGAGCCUACCCCCCGAGCCGGGGCUGAAGGUGGUGGGCAAGGGCGAGCGGUCGCUGCAGCGCUGCGCCUCGGCCUCCAGCGCCAAGCUCAUCGCCGCAGACACCCCCUUCGAGGCCAUGUCCAGCCCGGGCAGCGCGGGCAGGGACCCCCCCCCGUCCCCCCUGGUCGACAGGAAGAAGCACCGGCGGAAGAAGCUGAUGACGCCGUCCAAGACCGAGGGCUCGGCGGGGCAGGCGGAGGCCAAGCGCAAAAUGUGGAAAUUAAAAAGCUUUGGUAGUUUAAGAAAUAUUUAUAAAACAGAGGAGGAAAACUUCGAGUUCCUGAUCGUGUCGAGCACGGGGCAGACGUGGCACUUCGAGGCCGGCAGCUUCGAGGAGCGCGACGCGUGGGUGCAGGCGAUCGAGAGCCAGAUCCUGGCCAGCCUGCAGUGCUGCGAGAGCAGCAAGAACAAGGCACGCAUGGACUCCCAGAGCGAGGCCGUGGCCAUCCAGGCCAUCCGUAACGCCCGCGGGAACUCGCUCUGCGUGGACUGCGGGGCACCCAACCCCACGUGGGCCAGCCUGAACCUGGGCGCCCUGAUCUGCAUCGAGUGCUCGGGCAUCCACCGCAACCUGGGCACGCACGUGUCGCGCGUGCGCUCGCUGGACCUGGACGAUUGGCCCCGCGAGCUCACCCUGGUGCUCACGGCCAUCGGCAACGCCACGGCCAACAGCAUCUGGGAGCAGAACCCGCGCGGCCGCUGCAAGCCCACCCACGAGUCCUCCCGGUGGGAGCAGGAGUCGUGGAUCCAGCCCCACCAUGGUGCCACCCCACUGCCUCUGCCAUCCCUGUGUCGCUGCCUCCCACGCCACCCCGGUGCCACCCUGUGUCCCUUUCACUCCCAUGUCCCCCUGUCUGCACUGCCCCUGUCCCUGUGGCAUCACGACACUGACACCCCCGUGUCCCCACCCCCAGCCACCGGCUGCCACCCCCUGUCACAAAUUCACCCGGUAUCAGCGCAGGGGGACACAGUGACCUCUCAACAGGGCAGAGCCCUGGGGACACAGUGA